ACGGCUUUCCAAGGCUCCCUCCGCAGGGUCAGACACACUUUUUCAUAACACAUUUUCACUCUGCCACUAACACAGUUCAUUUCAAAAGCUAAAACUAGUAAUUCAGUCCGAAUUUACUACAGGCAUAUGUAUUCUUGUCGUUCACACUAGACACAUGUUUCGGCGCUCACACACAAACUAAUGUUUUAUCGGACCUACUUCUUCUACUAUCGUUGACAGGCAGUGCUUCGGUCGAUCCGAAACAUGGCCUCCAUGAUGGAGCGUACGCUUUAACUUUAAUUUUCGCGUUUUAGAGGUGAAAAUCACGCUUUUUAUUUCAACCUCAAGGGAAUGUUUCGUCGGAAAAUAUUAUGUCAACCCUAUGAAACAAAUGCUAUCACUCGGAGAAGUUCGUUGCUGGAAUUAAAAUCGGUUUAAGUUGGCUGCAAAGCUGGAGAGGAAAAAGAGAAUUGCAUCAAUUCCAAUGCCAUCAGGGGCUCAGUCUCAGGAGCUUCGGGACAGGGGCCCGCCUCCUCCUGUCACUCGUGCCGGACGCAGCGCCGGAUUGGCCAAGGCGGCUGCCAGCAGUCCUACCCCUGAGAAGCGGCCGCGCGGGCGACCUCGGAAAGACGGGAGUACCGGCCGCUCCGCGCUGCCGCCGACUCCACCCCCCCCAACUCCCCCGCCACAAUCAAGGACAAACCGGAGGAGUCGAAGUCGAAAUCAGGAUGAAGACACCCGGAGUCCAACAGCGAAGAAAACGCCACAGAAAACAGAGGUUAAAGAGUUGAAGCCAGUGGGCCGACGACGAUCAGCUUCAAGAAAAAAAUCCACCCCCGAUCCCGAACCAGAUCCCGAUCCUGAACCAGUACCCACAGAGGACAGGCUCAGUCCACAACCAGAGCAGAACCCCACCCCUGCCCCAUCGGACACUGAACGGGACUCCCCCUCCAAGGAUGACCUGGCAGUGCAGAGCCCAAACCCAGACCCCGGCCCAGGGGACGCAGACAGAGCCAGCCCCAUCCCUCCGCCUGUCGGCACGGAGUGUCAGCCGGACCCUGGACUAGCUUCUGAUCAUGGAGGAGGGCCACCGGCCGAUCCUGUCCCCGCUUCCCCAGUGAACACCCCAGUCAGUAGCCCUGGUCCUAGCCUGAGAGCAGAGCCUGAACCUGGGGAACACCACCGACCCAGCCCUGACGCUAGUCACACACCGUUGGAGGAUUCUCCUCAUCUUUCCCCCACUCUCAUGGAAGCCACAUGUAAUGCUACGCCGAGCGCUACGGAGGGCCCACCUAAUGCCAGUCCUGGCCCAAUGGAGGAAGGUACCAGCCCUCAAAGUCCCAGCCCAGUGGGAGGCAGUUGUUCGGCUAGUCCUCUCCCUCUAGAGGCUAGCUGUACUGCUGGCCCUCCGCCUGUGGAAGGUACAUGUCCUCAGAGCCCUGUGCAGGAUCCAUGUCCUCCUAUUCCCAGCCCUGUGGAGGAUCCCUCUCUUUGUAGCCUCAGUCCGGUGCAGGAACAGUGUCUUCCACAGGACGGUAGCAGCAUGGUAGAGGAGCAGUGUCUUCCGCAGGGCAGUAGCCCUGUGGUGGAGGUGGAGUGCCCUCCCAGCCCCAUGGUGGAGCAGUCUCCACGUAGCCCCGCCCCGGUGUUGGAUCCAUGCCCCUGUAGCCUGAGCCCCGUGGAGCUUACUUGUCCCGGCAGCCCCAGCUCUGUGGAGGAGGAGUACUGUCCGCACAGUCCUUUGCCUAUGGAGACCACUGGGGAGAGGGAUAGCCCAACGCUUCAGAGCCCUGUUCCCAGCCCUGUUCCCAGCCCUGUUCCCAGCCCUGUUCCCAGCCCUGUUCCCAGCCCUGUUCCCAGCCCUGUUCCCAGCCCUGUUCCCAGCCCUGUUCCCAGCCCUGUUCCCAGCCCUGUUCCCAGCCCUGUUCCCAGCCCCUGCCAGAGCCCGUGCCCCAGGUUGAGCUACAGUCCUGGGCAGGAGGAGGACUCUCUGUCCCCCUUGUUCCACUGUUCCCUGUCAGACGAUUCUGGAGGUUCGCCGGCCCCCUCCCUCGGGCAUGCCAAAAAACGAGUCAAGCAGUGUGCCUUCUGUUACCGUGGUGACGACCCUCCCCUGGGUCAGGGUCACCUGGUGGUGUUCGGACCCACGCCGGGCUAUAUUCCCCUCCACAUCCUCAACCGCCGCGCCUCCCCGGACCGCGAUAACGAUUGCCAUGACGACUGCUACCAAGUCGACCAGGGGGCUCGCACGUGCGGGAGUCCGGAUGGUUCUGGUUCCAACGAUGAGGAGAUGGACCAGAGGACAUCCACAGAGUUCAUACAACAACUGGGUGCAAUCGGGCUGCCCCACGACAUCAAUGUCCAAUCACUGUUUGAUCCCACAGGCCAGUGCUGUGCCCACCUGCAGUGUGCAUCAUGGUCAGAAGGGGUGUGCCGAGGGGAGGGCCAAUCAUUGCUCUACGUCGACAAAGCCAUCGACUCAGGAAGCACACAGGUGUGCGUGUUCUGUCUUCGCCUGGGGGCGUCGCUACGUUGCCAGGAGACGGGCUGUGGGCGGAGCUACCACUACCCAUGUGCUGCAGCAGCCGGGGCACACCAAGACUGGGAGCAGAGACGCACGUUUUGUACCCGGCAUACACCUGCAGUUUCGUCACAGUGUGUGUUGUGUUCGGAUGCGGGGGACGUCGGCAACCAGUUGAUGUGUUGUUGUUGUGGUAAUCGUUACCAUGGUAGCUGCCAGGACCCCCCCAUAACGCCAACCCCUCUUUGUAGGGCUGGAUGGCAGUGUCCUCUAUGUAGGGUCUGCCAGACCUGCAGGUUGCAAGGAGAUGAAAAUGCGCUGCUAGUCUGUGAGUGGUGUGAUAAAGCAUAUCACAUGCAUUGUCUUGCACCUGCCUGGGAAGAAACGCCUGGAAACCGCUGGAGGUGUAAGAACUGUCGUGUGUGCAAACGGUGUGGAGUGAGAUCUUCAGGUCAGUGGGCCAAUCACCUUACUCUGUGUGAGUCGUGUGACCCUGGCCUGCCCUGCCCACUCUGCGACCAGGCUUCAGAUCCCUCUUCCAUGCAAAACCAUCUCACCUGUUGCACCUGCUAUAGGUCUGUCCAUGUGCAGUGCGCUGGACAGGUCGCCACAUUGGAUCCCGACAGCUACACUUGCUCCUUCUGCAAGGCUCUGGAGGACUCUACCUCAAAUGCUUUCGGAAUGCAAAGCCCCGCACAGACUCUGUCCCUCUCAGAGACUCCGCCUGUCAGCUAUACUGAGGACAUGCCAUCGUCUCCACAUGCCCCACCCUCGUCUUCACAGCCUCCACCUUCCCCCACUGAGGCUCUGCCCUCUUCUAUACAGGCCCUACUCAUGCUGCCACAGCAUUCACUUUCACUGCCACAGGCUUCAUCCCCUUCAAAACAAAUGCCUCUGUCACCAGUUCAAGCCCCGCCUUCUCCCGUACAAUUCCCGCCUUCUCCUGUACAACUCUCGUUUUGUCCUUUAGAAGCCCCGCCCUCUCCGGUUCGAGCCCCGCUCUCUCCUGUUCGAGCCCCGCUCUCUCCUGUUCAAGCCCCGCCCUCUCCUGUUCAAGCCCCGCCCUCUCCUGUUCAAGCCCCGCCCUCUCCUGUUCAAGCCCCGCCUUCUCCUGUGCAAGCCCCGCCAUCUCCUGUGCAAGCCCCGCCAUCUCCUGUGCAAGCCCCGCCAUCUCCUGUGCAAGCCCCGCCAUCUCCUGUGCAAGCCCCGCCAUCUCCUGUGCAAGCCCCGCCAUCUCCUGUGCAAGCCCCGCCAUCACCUGUGCAAACCCCGCCUUCACCUGUGCAAGCCCCGCCUUCACCUGUACAUGCCCCGCCUUCACCUGUGCAAUCCCCAACUUUACUUGUACAAGCCCAACUGUCUCCGGCUCAAGUCCUGGAAGCCCCGAAGUCUCCUGUACAAGCUCUAGAGGCCUUGGAGUCUCCUGUACGAGCUCUAGAAGCCCAGGAGUCUCUUGAACAAGCUCUAGAAGAACAGCAGUCUCUUGAACAAGCUCUAGAAGACCAGCAGUCUCCUGUACAAGCUCUAGAGGCCCCGGAGUCUCCUGUACAAGCUCUAGAGGCCCCGGAGUCUCCUGUACAAGCUCUAGAAGACCUGGAGCCUCCGGUACAAGCUCUAGAGGCCCCAGAGUCUCCUGUACAAGCUCUAGAGGCCCCAGAGUCUCCUGUACAAGCUCUAGAAGACCUGGAGCCUCCGGUACAAGCUCUAGAGGCCCCAGAGUCUCCUGUACAAGCUAUUGAAGCCCCACUGUCUCCUGUACACGUCCCCUCCUCUCCUGUACAAGCCCCACCUUCUCCUGUACAAGCCCCACCUCCUGUCCGAGCCCCCACCUCUCCUGUACAAGCCCCACCCUCUCCUGUUCAAACCCUGCUCCUGCUGCCACUGCCCCAGGUCUCAAUGCCACUUGCUCCUCCCUCUCCUAUACAGGGUCCUUCUCCUCUUCAAGCCCUUCCCUCUCCUGAACAAGCCCCAUGUCCUCCUGUAGAAACCAUGUACUCUCCUGUACAAGCCCCAUCCUCUCCCGUACAAGCCCUAAGAGACUCCCCUUCUCCUGUACAAGCCCUAUCCUCUCCUGUUCAAGCCCCGCCUUCUCCUGUACAAGCCCCGCCUUCUCCUGUACAAGCCCCGCCUUCUCCUGUACAAGCCCCGCCUUCUCCUGUACAAGCCCCGCCUUCUCCUGUACAACCCGCUUCCUGCUGCAUGUAA